AUGACAGCGGGACACGAACAUGCAAUGGAUCCACGGUGCGCCGAGCUCUCGAACGUCAGCUACACGAACUUCGGCUUGAGCCUAUUCAUCCUGGUCGGGAUCCUGGUCUCCUACCUCCCUCAGCACAUCCGCAUCAUCUCACGGCGGUCGUCGUACGGCCUCUCGCCAUGGUUCGUACUCCUCGGCACGACGAGCGGGACGUGCGCGUUUGCCAAUAUCCUCGUGCUGCCUAAGAGUCGGCUCGACAUCGGCUGUUGCCGCCAGGUGGAUGAGUUCGCUUGUGUGGCGGGCUUGCUAGGCAUUGCGCAAGUCGGCGUGCAGUGGUCUUGUUUUACUGUCAUACUCCUGCUCUUCCUCAUCUUCUUCCCGCGCAGCCCAUCGACUUCAUCCCAGCACACGACAACGAAGAACUCGGGCACACCAGACCAUUCGCUUGCUGUGAAUGGCAUCGGUGUCAACGCCGACAUCGACGUCGACAGCCCCUCCUCUUCGUCCAUAUAUCCAGUCGAACCAACCGACACCACCAAACCGCUCCCGCACUCCUACCAAACCGCCCUCCUCGUAACGCUUCUCUCGGUCCUCCACGCAAUCAUAAUCCUGAUCCUGUCCGUCUACUAUGUCUACCUGCGGCCGCAGCAUUCGCAAUGGUGGGCCAACUUUCUAGGCAUAUUCAGCACGAUCCUCGCGUCGAUCCAGUACUUCCCCCAGAUAUGGACUACAUGGAACCUCAAGCGCGUCGGCAGCCUCAGCAUCCCGAUGAUGUGUAUCCAAACGCCGGGCAGUUUCGUGUGGGCUGGGAGUCUUGCUAAGAGGUUUGGCAUGGAGGGUUGGAGUGCUUGGGGUGUUUAUCUGGUCACGGGCUGUUUGCAAGGUUCGUUGUUGGUUAUGGGUUCCUAUUUCGAAAUCAUGUUCAGGAGGAGAGAAAGGCAGGAGCUGGAGGGACGAAUAGCUUAUCGCAAUGGCCCAAGUACAAGUGGCAUUGAGAGUGAAAUUGUGGGCGACCAUGGGACUGAGGCUGAGAAUGCGCAUGAAGAUGCCACAGAAGAGACUCCUCUGCUCAGGGAAGGAUGA